AUGCAGUCUCUCUUGGGGUAGUUAUAAAACAUAUUUGGUAAAACUGUACAUUUGCAUCUGUAAGAUUUACGUUACGUAAGACCGAAGAACUUGAUUACAAUUUAAUUCCCCUACCCUCGCCUUCACAAUACACAUUCAAAUUAACAGUUUCCAUUUUAACAUUGUAUCCAUCAUUAUUCAACAUCAAAGGACAGUGCACUAGAGGGGGGAUGUCCGGACGAAAGAAAUAGCGCUACGUACUGUACACGAAAGCAUAUCUCCAUUUGCAACAGGCGGCAGUCUAUGUCAAUUAGACAUAGCACGGUAUCCUUUACCUGGUCGGCGUGCAAUACCGAGAAGAGGAACUAUACGUACUGCGGCUUCCCAUCACAUUAAGGAUUUCGGAAAUUCUGGAAAUCUAACGGAACUAUUUUCAGAGCCAUGGCCCCCUCUCUGACCACCCUGGGGAAGCUGCCUGUGGUGCGCUGUCGGCUGCUGCAGCGCUACGAGCACCAGCCCUUUGUCUCAUGCCUGGCCGGACUCUACGGCUGUCAAUGGAGACGCUACCAGAGGACCCAGGCCACGCCGGGAGACUGCUGCUGCAGCAAGUUGGAAUGUGCCAGCUUUGCACUCCUCAUCGUGACAUUCUGUCUCACACUGGUCUUCCUCUACUUCUGGAGUGAAGCUCAGAAUGACUACAAUGAUUUUGACUGGUUUAACUUUGGGAACCUGGGUUUCUGGUUCCCCUGGUCUGUGGUGUUGCUGGUCAUCGCUGCCGCCUUCUUCAGCUACAUCACUCUGCUGCUGCUGUUGGCUGUAUGUCUGCUGUCAGAGGGACAGAAGCUGUACCUACACUGGGGCCACAAGAUUGGGGUCCUGGUGAGUCUAGCCUUCUCCAUUCUUGCCAUAGCAGUGCUGUCUGACCUAUGUAGCAAAGAGUGGACCACUCUUCUCCUCUCUUUCCAGGUGACGGCACCAUAUUUACACGUGGGAGGAGUCUUGCUGAUGACACUCCUUUCCUGGCCAAUAGCCUUGCAUUUCUACCACAUCAAUAGGAAAGUUGGGCAGGCACUCAUCAUGGGGCUGUACCUGGCGGUGCUGUGUGCCCUCUACCUGGUGCCCCUGGGCAUGUACUCACCCUGUCUUAAAGAGGAGGGCACUCUGGGCCUUGCACCAGCCCUCAUCGGGCACAGAGGGGCACCCAUGCUUGCGCCAGAGAACACUCUCAUGUCCUUUGAGAAGGCGGUGGAGGCUGGAGGGGAAGGUCUAGAGACUGACGUCACCAUCAGCUAUGACGGGGUGCCCUUCCUGAUGCACGAUCACACCCUGAGGAGGACCACCAACGUGCAGGAGGUGUUCCCCAACCGGACGGACGCCCCUGCGGCCAUGUUCACCUGGGGGGAGCUGGAGACCCUCAACGCCGGGGCCUGGUUCCUCCAUCGUGAUCCGUUCAGCACGGCUUGGUCUCUGAGUACCGAGGACCGGGUGCAGGCGCAGAACCAGUCUGUUUGCACCUUCAGGGACUUUCUGGAGCUGGCUUCGCAGAGAGGCAAACAGGUUAUCUUUGACCUCUACCGGCCCCCUAAGGGACACCCCUACAGGGACACCUGGAUCACACGCACCCUGGAGGUCAUCCAGAACGAGUCUUCCAUCCACUCACACCAAGUGUUGUGGCUGCCCUCAGACCUGCGGAGCCUGGUCCAGCAGCUGGACCCUGACCUCCAGCAUACCUCAGCGUCCCGGGCUCCAGUUGAGGAGCUCCAGCAGAAUCACAUUGUCCAACUCAACCUGCACUAUAGCUCCAUGUCCACAGAGAUGAUAAUUGAGUAUGCAGCAGCCAACAUCAGCACCAACCUGUAUGUGAUCAGCCAGUCGUGGCUCUACUCUCUGGCCUGGUGCACUGGGGCUCAGUCUGUCACCACCAAUGCUCUACAGUUCCUCAACAACCUCAGUAGACCCCUCUUCCUUAUGACUCCAGAUGAGUACAAUCUGAUGUGGGUCCUCACCGACGUGGUGUCCAUCACCAUCAUCAUCAUCAUCUUCAUCUUCCACUGGUGGCGAGAACAAACCCUGGCUUUCUGUUCGGGCAGGAAACUAGAACAUGGCACCUACAUCAAGUUCAGGACAGAUGUGUGGUCCGUCUCCAGUGUCAACAUCCUGGGAGAGCCCGCUGAGCCUAACUUGGCAACCGUCUCAGAGCACUGAUAACCAAUCAACCAACCUCUGUGAGGCUCAGUUGAAGCAAACCACUCCUCACUCUCCUUUUCAACUUGGCAACUUCCCGGACCCCAAACGGGCAAUUCACCAGAAUCGACCCAACCUGGAAACCCAGGACCCUACUGGAAACCGAGAGCACAACCUGGCAACCCCCUGUAGAUUUGUGUGAGAGAAUGAGAACCAAAGAGAAUUAGAAAUAGUUAAAUGAUGUGAGUGAGGCCUAUCGGAGCUGAUGUGUCACGUGCAGAAGGGAUUUCAUUGGAUAGAUAUUAAUCCUUAAGACCGGGCUGCCCAACUCUCUUCCUGGAGGUUGGGUUUUAAGUUCAACCCUAAUUUAACACACCUGAUUCUACUAAUUAGCUGCUCAACAAGACCUUAACUAGCUGAAUCAGAUAUGCUAAAGUAGGGUUUGACUGAAAACAUAAAGGACAGUAGAUCUCCAGGAAGAGGGUUGGGCAGCCCUGCCUUAAUUCGUUUAAGUCAAAUGUGACUGAAGAACAGCCCAGACAACCUCAAGAACCAACCAACUCAUAGUUCAUACUACAGACACCAUCUGGUGGUGGGAAGAGAUUACUACACUGUUUAACCAGGUCCUUUGAGAUGGAUUACUUACUCACUGAAUUAAUAUAACUAGAAAAGUGACCAUCCGCUGUAGAUAUUUUCAACUUGUAUUAUCCUCCAUUGUCCAUAGGUUCCUUUCCAUUUCAGCAGCCACUGCAGUGUUGAGUUACGUGAACCACAAAUGCUUGACCAUUUUGUUAGUGUGUGAGUAGUGGUCGAUAAGAUGUGUGAAUAUGUCCAGAAAUUAGUAUGUUUUUAUUUUAUUUUAAAUACUUUAGCUGUGCUUCAUUGCCCUUUCCUGGCAUAAGGGAACCAAUGAAGUAGUCCCAAAAAGUGCACUUUGCCCAUCUGGGAUCUGGCACACCAAUCAAACUGUCUCAAGCUUCGUUUAUACCUGCAUCCUGGGUCCUGAUCAUUUCCACAUUCAGAUGGUGACCAUAUUUUCAGUCUACACAUGCUAUUAAAAUGUAUCUUAUGUGUCCUCAUUGUGACCAGAUUUCCUGGUCAUUCCCUGUAAGUCAAUUAUUUGACAGAUAUUCUUUCAUAAUUGUUUAUUUAUUCAUUUGUAUUCACAUAUUGAUGCCAUAAAGCAAUGGUCCCACCUGUGAAUGGUUUUAGAGGGUGGGGUAAUGAUGAUUUGUAAAUGAUUUCACUGACCAGAUCCGUCUACACUUGUAAGGCUGCGUUUAGACAGGAAGCCCAAAUCGGAUCAUUUUUCCACUAAUUGGUGUUUCGACCAAUCAGAUCAGCUAUUUUGCCUACAAUUGGGCAAAAUUUCAAAAUUGGGCCGUCUAUCUAAAUGCAGCCUGCGUGCCCGAGGCCGUGUCUAGGCAGGACAGUUCAUGCAGGUUUAGUAUUCUGAUCAUGGAAUUCCAAACGCGUCAUGCGUCUACACCUAAAUUGAAAUGCAUCUACCAUGUCCGGAUUCCCUUUUCCCGCGCUAUAUUCAACUGCCAGUAUGCAUUCUACAAACGGUGGAAUAGGGAUAAUCUGAUAGCUAAUGCCAUCAGACGUUGUUGUGUUAUAUCUACUGUAGCUAGCUAGCCAGCAAGCAACGCAAAAUGAAUUGCAAACGGAUUAGCAUAACUCUAGCCAAAAAAACAACGUUAUAAUGAAAAGGUUCCUCUCCGUCCCAAAAUACACGUUUUCUGGAGACUUGUGGGAGGAGUGCUGAUGACGUUACCCAUUGUAUGCACUUUCAGCUGCCUGAUUCGUCCAGAUUGAGGAGAAAUCCGCCUCCUGAAGUGGUCAACCAGAUCUGAACACAAUCAGACCACAAAGCGACAUUUGUGCGUCUAGAGACCAAUCUUUUCAAUGCGAUCUUCCUAUUCUGAUAGCAGAAGUCAUGUAAGUGUCACGUGUAGACACGACCUGACUACCUCCGGAGGUCGGCAGGAACAUCUGAUCACAAUGUAUUUUGAUUGUCUACACCUGUUUAAAAAUGUGGACACAAUCAGAAUAUGGAGAAGAUCAGAACAAAGGACGCAUGUUGGAACCAGGUAUACCUGGUUAUAUUAAAACAGCGCUGAAAUAUCACAAAGAAAAAUGAGUACUAUUAGAACUCCGGUUUGGAUAUGACAUGAUAUAAUCCUCUGUUUGUGUCUGGAGUUAAAUGAAUGUGUUUGAUUGGUUGUGUUCAAUGUUUAUAAGUACUUAUCACUUUAUUGAGCAUAAGGCAUUGUAACGAGGUGAAGUCCAUAGAACUUUGCAGCAUAUAAUCACUGCAAUGACAUAAGUGAUCUACAGAGAACAAUCACACUGUAUUUCCAUGGUCCAUAUCUAUAUAUUUUAUAUGGUUCAUAUUGAGGUCAUUGUUUUUAACAAAUUUGUUUUCAACACAAAUUAAAAUCCUUCUGGCAAGGAUAAAAAAAAGCUAAUGUUGUACAAUAUUUAGUCCUUUUAGCCAAAUUAUAGCAGAACUCUUACAUCUCUCUUCAGUUGAUUGUGCCUCAGCUUUACUGUGCAGUGUUGUCUAAUCAAUGUGAAUAAUACCAACUUCAGCUCUGGUAGCUGAAAGACAGUUUUUCUAGUAAUGAUUAUGAAACCUGUUAGAUUUCUUUAUGACUGACAACAUAUUGAUGAGUAACCUAGCGCCACUGCAGCUUUGUGAUAAGGGGCAGCCUUUAAAUCACUAUACAAAGCCUUAGGAAUACCUAGGAAAAAAGCAUGUUUAGCAAAAGAAUCACAGUAUAAGAUACCAGUCUGAUUUGUCAUCUGCGUACGACACCUGUAAUGUUAUCUUGGUUGUAAGAUCGUUAUAGAAAGAAUGAUCUGUUGUUUACAGUUCUGUCAUUCUGUUCCAAUCAGAAGAGUAUUAUAUUAAAAUGAUAGUCUAAAAGUAGAGCUCAGUUGGUGGUGAUAGCCAUUGUAUUUUGUAUGAGCCCAUUUCGCUAUGACAUCAUUGUAAACUAUGGGAUUUCUUUUGCAUAAACAUUAUUAGAAGUUAACUGAACUGUUUUGUUACAACUUUGUUGCGUUGAGCCGCAAAAUGCACACAUGUUUUCUCAUUAUGAAAUUAUGUGAUAGUGAAAUAGGCUCAUUCAUCUUUUGGGAUGAUGAACAUUAAGCAUGAAAGGAAAUAUUUGUAAUUUCUUUAUUAAUACCAAAAUAUUAGGUGUCAUGGACCAACAUUUAAAAAACAGGAACAAUUUGACCUAAAUUAAUAUCCACUAUACAGAGCGGGGCAGAACAUUAAUGUCACUGAGAUUACUUUUUAAGGUAGACUAAGCUAUUUGACAUCACCAUACACAGUGGGGUGACUUCCUGUUUACAGACAUCAACAAUAACUUUAAUAUGCCAAAACUGCCACCAUUAAGAGCCAAUAAUGUCAGUCCUGACAUUUUUGUUGUUCAUUUCUGUAUGUAGAUUAUAUUUAGUCUAUGGCGAGUUGACCUUUAAUACUUAAAAAUCCUUCAUUUGAUCCACCAUUUUUUUUAAAGACAAGUCAUAUGGACCGGGGGUCUUUAUUUACAGAAUACAUUUUCUUCAAUGAUUAAUUCAUUAGGCAAACAGCUAAAAAUGUGCUUGUUAGAAAUAUCACAUUAUUAAAUAUUGUCAACUUUCCACUAAAUGUUUUUACAGUGAUGUGGUAUACACACUGUAUGCAAAGUCCUAGAGCCAGCUUAUGUCCAGAGAUCAAUCUGACUGUUCUCAUCAAAUGUACUUCAAAUAAACUUCAUUAAUAUAGCAAAUGUA